UUAUAACUUUUGUUGAUACAUGUUGUUCCGCCACUCAACAAACAUUCUUUAAUACUUUUGUUCCCGGUCCACCCCCUUCUCUGUCCCACGGAGGGAAAACAGAAGGGAGGGAGAAGCAGAACAGAAGGGAAGGAGAGAGAGGGAGAGGGAUAGAGGAAGAGGGAAAGAAAGUGUUUGAGUGCGUCUGUGUUCAGUCCAACUUGUGAAAAGUUGCAAUCGUUUGUCUCCGUUUCCAAAUUCUUCCAGUUGAGGAGAGCCGCGCGGGGGAACGUCCGUGCUGGAGAUAGCCGACUAAAAAAUGGGACGACUGUGGCUCGCGCUGCUCACUUCGUUGCUAUGGCAAUGCUGCCAGGCUCAGCAAAGAGGCCUCUUCCCGGCGGUGCUGAACCUGGCCACCAUGGCCGACAUCCACGCCAACGCCACCUGCGGCUCCCAGGGGCCAGAGAUGUUCUGCAAGCUGGUGGAGCACGUCCCGGGACAGCCGGCCAGGAACCGGCCGCAAUGCCGCGUCUGCAACCAGAAGAGCAUCAAACCCUUAGAACAACACCCAAUAGAAUAUGCCAUUGAUGGGACCAAUCGUUGGUGGCAAAGCCCCUCCAUCAAGAACGGCAUGGAGUACCACCAUGUGACCGUCACCCUGGACCUGAAGCAGGUGUUCCAGAUUGCCUAUGUGAUUAUUAAGGCAGCCAACUCACCCCGUCCAGGUAACUGGGUCUUGGAGCGCUCGCUGGAUGGCGUGACCUAUGACCCGUGGCAGUACUACGCCAUCACGGACACCGAGUGCCUGACGCGCUUCAACCUCAACCCGCGCACCGGACCCCCGUACUACACCAGGGACGACGAGGUCAUCUGCACCUCCUUCUACUCCAAGAUCCAGCCGCUGGAGAACGGAGAGAUCCACACCUCUCUGAUCAACGGGCGGCCCAGCGCCGAGGACCCCUCCCCCACCCUGCUGAACUUCACCUCCGCCCGCUUCAUCAGACUGGUGUUCCAGCGGAUCAGAACGCUCAACGCUGACCUCAUGACCCUGGCGCUCAACGACCCCAGAGAUGUGGACCCCAUCGUGACGAGACGGUACUACUAUUCCAUUAAGGACAUCUCUGUAGGGGGCAUGUGUAUCUGCUAUGGCCAUGCAAAGGCCUGCCCUCUCAAUGAAAGAACAAAGAAAUUCAGCUGCGAGUGUGAACACAAUACCUGUGGCGAGAGCUGUGAUCGCUGUUGCCCCGGUUACCAACAACAACCCUGGAUGGCAGGGACCUUCCUCACCCGCCAUGUCUGUGAGAAGUGCAACUGCCACGGCCAGGCCGACGACUGCUACUUCAACCAGACGGUGGCCGACCUGACGCUCAGCCUGGACGCCACGGGCCAGCGCAGAGGGGGGGGAGUCUGCGUCGGCUGCCGCCACAACACCGCGGGCGUCAACUGUGAGAACUGCAGCGCGGGCUACUACCGGCCUCAAGGGGUGAGCCUUGAGGACCCGGAGCCCUGCCGCCCCUGCCUCUGUCACCCCGACGGGUCCACCAGCCAAUCAUGUGUCUCCGACGAAAGCCAGGCCACACCCACUAUGCCAGCAGGGUCGUGCCCGUGUAAGGAGGGUUUCGAAGGUCUACAAUGUGACAGGUGUGCCUAUGGCUACAAGGGCUUCCCAUCCUGUGAGCGUUGUGCCUGCAGUAUUGAGGGAAGCACCAACAAUGACCCGUGUAGAACUCCCUGUUACUGCAAGGAGAAUGUGGAAGGGGAGAACUGUGACCGCUGUAAACUGGGGUUUUACAACCUGCGCCGCGACAAUCGCCGGGGAUGUGAAAAGUGUUCCUGCAUGGGCGUGGCCAGCCAGUGCUCCGCCUCUCCCUUGGCCUAUCAGAAUGAGACGUCUCUGGAGGGCUGGCAGCUGAUUGGGGAGACGGGACAGACAGUGAUGUCCGUCAGCAGGACCACGCCCCCUCUUCACAGCGUCCGCCAUUCGGAGGUUGAAGGGAAUCUUGGCUCCACCUACUACUGGAGUGCUCCUGGAGUGUUCCUGGGGAACAAGCUCACAGCCUACGGAGGGAACCUGGUCUACACUGUGUCUUAUGUCACAAACCAACAAGACCCGAACAACAUCAGAGUCACUUCCCAGCCAGAUCUGAUCAUAGAGGGUGCCGGGAUCAAGAUGAUUGACGGUAAAUACGGCCAGCCGGUGUACCCCUCCUCGCCCAGCACCAACCACGUCGCUCUCCUGCCGGAAAACUUCCUGGUUUCAGAGAGCCGGCAGCCAAUCAGUCGACGGGAAUUCCUGUCGGUGCUGGCUGACGUGACCAGCGUGUCUGUGCGGGCCUCCUACAGCACGGAGCCCAGUGCCGUGUACAGGUUGCAUGCGUUCUCUAUGGAGACAUCAGAUCUUCACGCCAGAGGAGAGAAGAGAGCUUCAGCUGUAGAAAUCUGUGCCUGUCCACCUGGAUAUGCUGGCAGCUCCUGCGAGGGGUGUGUCGCUGGUUUCCGGAGGGUCAACGGGGCGCUGUACGGCGGGGUGUGUGAAGCCUGCCGUUGCCACGGACACUCAGCCCACUGCCACCAGGUGACGGGACAGUGUCUGGAUUGUUCCCACCGCACCGCCGGGCCCUACUGCGGCGCCUGUCUACCUGGUUACUACGGCAACGCCACCCACGGCUCAGCCGACGACUGUCAACCCUGCGCCUGCCCGCUCAGCCUGCCCAGCAACAACUUCAGUCCUACCUGUCACCUGAGCAAUGCGGGAGAAUUGCUGUGCGAUCGUUGUCAGACCGGAUACACAGGGCCUCGAUGUGGCAGGUGUGCCAAUGGCUACUUUGGCCACCCCAGCAGGCCAGGGGGUUCCUGCCAGCCUUGCCAAUGUCACGAUAACCUGGACUUCGCUCUGCCCAGAAGCUGCGAUCCAAUCACAGGCCAGUGUCUUCGCUGUCGUCAGGGUUACGGGGGCGAGACUUGUGAGAGCUGUUCCGACGGCUACUACGGUGACGCGGUCAAUGCAAAGAACUGCCAACCCUGCCAGUGUCAUACCAACGGCUCUCUCUCGGAGGCGUGCCAUCAGGAGACGGGCCAGUGCCAGUGCAGGGAGCACGUGCUGGGGAGGCAGUGUGAUGAGUGCAUGCCUAACUGCUGGUGGGACGCAGAGCGCCAGGAGUGCCUGCCGUGCCAGUGCAGCCCACCGGGGGCGCUGGCUCAGCGCUGCGACGUGGAGGGCCGCUGCAUCUGCCGCCCCGGCUACUCGGGCCGGCGCUGCGACCUGCGGCGGCAGGGCUACGAGCGGCGGGAGACGCGGCGGCCCGUGGAGCGCGUCCCCGUCGAGGUGGCCCAGCAGAGAUGGGACACCCCGUCUCGCCACGGCGGGGCGUCCCGUACGGGGGGCUGUCCCCGAGGGGCGUACAGGCCCAGGAUAGCGCCCCAGACGCACGGCCUCGCCAGCGGCGGCUCGUGCGUUCCGUGCCACUGCAACUCGUUUGGCUCCAAGUCGUUUGACUGCGACGAGGCGGGCCAGUGCCGCUGCCAGCCGGGCGUGGCGGGGCCCAAGUGUGACCGCUGCUCCCGGGGCUUUUUCCUCUUCCAGGAGGGAGGCUGCACACCCUGUGACUGCAGCCAUGUGGGGAACAACUGUGACACCAACACAGGCCAGUGCAUCUGCCCGCCCCACACCAUCGGAGAGAGGUGCGACCGCUGCGCCCCUAACCACUGGGGCCACGACAUCAUGGAAGGAUGCAAGGAGUGUGGUUGCAGUGUGGUGGGCUCGGUCGCCCAGCAGUGUAACAUGAACACGGGCUGCUGCCUCUGCCGAGACGCCUACAGAGGGGAGAAGUGCAACGAGUGCCAGCUGGGCUACAGAGACUUUCCUCAGUGCACGGCGUGUGAGUGCAGCGCGGCGGGGUCAGAGAGCGAGACGUGUGACCAGGAGCGAGGUGUGUGCGCCUGCGCCGACCGCACCGGGAAAUGCAGCUGCAAGGCUAACGUUGAGGGGCAUGGCUGUGAGGAUUGCAAGCCCGGCACUUUUGGGCUGUCGGUACGAAACCCGCUGGGCUGCAGCAGCUGUUACUGCUACGGCCUGUCCCAAACCUGCUCCGAGAAGCAAGGGCUCAUCAGAAUGUCGCUCAUGUUGAAACCGGAGCAGACGGUGCUCCCCCUGGUGGACAAGUCCAACAGUGCGGAGACGCGCACCGGAGUGAGCUUCCAGCACCCUGAGAUCCUGGUCCACGCGGACCUGGUGAGCUCGGCCCUGAGCGAGCCCUACUACUGGAGGCUGCCGGAGCAGUUCAAGGGCUCCAUGAUCACAGCGUAUGGCGGACAGCUCAAGUACGCCGUCUACUACGAGGCCAGGGAGGAAACAGGCUCCUCCUCCUACGAGCCCCAGGUCAUCAUCAGGGGCGGGCCCAACAAGGACCUGCUGAUGAUGCGUCACACAGCGGGGCUGCAGAUUGGACAGCUCACCCGCCACGAAAUAGAAAUGACGGAGGCUGAAUGGAAGCAUGCUGAUGGGCGCUCGAUGACCAGGGAAGAUUUCAUGGACGUUCUGUUCUACGUGGAUUACAUACUGAUCAAGGCCUCCCAGGGAAACCAAAUGAGACAUAGCCGUAUAUCAGAGAUCAGUCUGACCGUAGCAGAGGGGGGCCGUCCCAACACAGAGAGUGAGAGAGCCCACCAAAUUGAGAGUUGCGAAUGUCCUGCUGGCUACUCUGGGCUGUCCUGCGAGGAGUGUGCGGCGGGGUUCUACCGCCUGCGGGGAGCGGCUGUGGGUCCAGCAUCUGGCCCGGCGUCCCAGGAGCCCGGAGUGGCCGGUAUGGGCAGGUGUGUGCGCUGCCAGUGUAGUGGCCACUCCACCACCUGUGACCCCGAGACCUCCAUAUGCCAGAACUGUCAAGACAACACGGAAGGCGCCAGGUGCGAGAGCUGUGCACCUGGAUACUAUGGCGUGGUUCGUGGUUUCCAUGACGACUGCAAGCCCUGUGCGUGCCCCCUAACCAACCCAGAAAACAACUUCAGCCCCAGCUGCGUGUCGGAGAGCUUCGAUGACUACCGCUGUACCGACUGUCCUGAAGGAUACGAGGGGAAGUACUGUGAGAGGUGUGCAACUGGUUACCACGGUAACCCCCGGAUGCCCGGCGGUCGGUGCGAGGAGUGUAAGUGUUCCGCAUGGGGGGCACUCCCCGGGCCGUGUGACCCCGAGACCGGCCAAUGCCGUUGCAGGGGCGGGGCGACUGGACCGUCGUGUGACCAGUGCAUGGAGAGGCAUGUGUGUGGACCCGCUGGGAUUACCUCUUGCGAUGACGACUGCGCCGGUUUGCUGAUCAGCGACAUGGACAGCCUGUACGGCGUCAUCACCUCGGUCAACCUGACCACGCCACUCCCGCCCCCCUAUAAGAUCCUCUACCGCUUCGAGAACAUGACCGAGGAGCUCAAGCACAUGCUGUCCCCACAGAGGGCCCCAGAGAGGCUGCUCCAGCUGGCCGACUCAAACCUGGGCUCCGUGGUCACUGAGAUGGACCAGCUCCACAACAGGGCCACCAAGGUCUCAGCGGACGGGGAGCAGGUGGAGGACGACGCCGGCCGGAUCCAUAAAGGAGCCGAGGACCUGUUGAGGUUCAUCCAGGACACGCUGCUGGGGGCCACAGAGCUCCAGGCCAAGGCGGCGGAGCUGAACGCCACCUUAUCGCGGCGCGCCGGGUCACCGGAGAAGAGCCUGAAGGAGAUGAAGGCGGAGAUCCAGGCCAUGCUAGCCGAGCUCCGAGCCAGACAGCUGGCUGGGAAGAAGGGCAUGGCAGCGGAAGAGCUGGGUUUGGCCGAAGAGCUGUACCAGAAAGUCAAGAGGCUGUUUGGAGACCCCCACCAGGCCACCGAGGACCUCAAAGCAGAGGUGACAGGGAAGCUGUCGGACCACGGGGGGAAACUGGAGGAGGCCCAGGAGCUGUUGGACGCUGCCCAGAGCAAGAGCAGGGAGGCCGGGGCGCUGGCUGCUCAGAACCAGGCCAACCUCACAGCCCUGGAGAGGAAGCGGGCGGCGGUGAGCGGCGUCAGGCAGGAGGCGGAGGGGCUGCUGGGGGACGGCGAGCGGCUGCUCGGGGAGGCCAACCAGCUCUCGGACCGUAUCAACGGGGAGAUCGAGGAUCUAGAGGAGAUGGAGCGAGAGCUGGGCCCUCUCCAUGACCGCCUGGAGACCAAAGUGGCUCACCUGACGGACGGCCUGAGUGACGGAGACCUGGCCGACCACGUGGGCCUGGCCGAGGGACACGCCCAGCAGCUCAACGAAUCAGCGGCCAUCCUCGACGGUAUUCUGGCGGAGGCUAAGAACCUCUCCUUCAACGCCACGGCUGCGUUCAAGGCCUACAGCAACAUAAAGAACAGCGUGGACGAGGCCGAGAGAGAGGCCAAGGCGGCGAAACAGAGCGCCGCCGAGGCCCUGAUGCUGGCCUCUGGUCCUGACAUCCCAAUAAAGGAUGAAGCCAAAGACUCACUGCAGAAGAGCUACAGACUGUUGAAUCAAGCCAAGCAACUAGAGGACAACGUCAAAGAUAAUGCAGCAAGUGUGGCCAAUCUGAAGGGCAGGGUGAAAGCUGCCAGAGACAAAAACAAAGACCUGCUGAAGGCUGUCAACGAAACCAUGGCAACCCUUAACGCCAUACCCAGCGACACAGCAGCUAAGCUAGCAGCCUCCAAGGUUGUGGCAGCGGACGCAAACGCCACUGCCAUCGAUGUUCUGGAGCGCCUUGGGGAUUUGAACCUGCGACUCCGUGGCCUCCAGAAGAACUACAGCGAACUGGAGGACACCGUCAGAGCAGCAAAUCACAUGAUCCAGGACCCGGAGAAGAACACAAUCAUCCAUGCUGCCGGGGCCAAAGUCAAGGAUCUGGAGGACGAGGCGGACAGGCUGUUGGAGAAGCUGCAGCCAAUCAAGAGGCUGCAAGACAAUCUCAGGCGCAACAUCUCUCAAAUAAAGGAGCUGAUCAACCAGGCCAGGAAGCAGGCCAACUCGAUCAAGGUGUCUGUGUCGUCGGGCGGUGACUGUCUCCGUAGUUACCGGCCCGACAUUCGGAAGGGGAGGUACAACACCAUCGUCCUCCACGUCAAGACCACCACGCCAGACAACCUCCUGUUCUACCUGGGCUCCGCCAAAUACGUGGAUUUCCUGGCCCUGGAGAUGCGCAAGGGCAAGGUGAGCUUCCUGUGGGACGUGGGCUCGGGCGUGGGGAGGGUGGAGUACCCCCACCUCUCCAUCAGCGACGGCAAAUGGCACCGGAUCGAGGCCUCUCGUAACGGUCUGAACGGCACCAUCUCGGUGUAUCCUCUGGAGGGCGCCCUGGCUGGCCUGCUGCCGAUGCCCGCCAGCGCCAACUCUCCCACGGCCUUCACCAUCCUGGACGUGGACCACAACGCCUACCUGUUCGUCGGGGGCAUCCUGGGAACCGUCAAGAAAGCGGAUGCGGUGAGGACCACCACGUUUACCGGCUGCAUGGGCGAGACGUUCCUGGACAGCAAGCCCAUCGGCCUGUGGAACUACAGGGACCGCCAGGGAGACUGCAAGGGCUGCACUGUCAGCCCCCAGGCAUCGGAGGGUGAGGGCACGGUGCAGCUGGACGGGGAGGGCUAUUCCGGGGUGGGGCGGCCCGUCAGGUGGAACCCCAACGUCUCCACGGUGACCUUCAAGUUCCGCACCUUCUCUUCAGAUGCCUUGCUCAUGUACCUGGCCACCGACGACAUGAAGGACUUCAUGACCCUGGAGUUGUCAGAGGGCAAGAUCAAGGUGACCUUUGACCUGGGCUCUGGGAUGGCCACUGCUACGUCCGCCAGUCGCCAUAACGACGGCCGCUGGAAGUCCCUCACCAUGACUCGCAACAAGAAGAAAGCCACGGUCUCCAUUGUGGACAUCGACAGCAGCAGAGAGGAGGAGAUGGCCUCCUCAUCACCGGGCGCCGCAACCGGCCUCAACCUGAAAGAGAAACAGAAGAUCUACUUUGGAGGACUGCCCACUCAGGGAAACUACAGGUCCGAGGUGACGACACACCGCUACGCCGGUUGCCUGCGGGACAUUGAGAUCUCCAGGACGCCGUAUAAUCUGCUGGGCAGCCUGGAUUACACGGGAGUCACCAAGGGCUGCAGUGUUGAGAACAUCUACACGGUCAGUUUCUCUAAGCCCGGCUACAUGGAGCUGUCGGGACUCUCAUUGGCUGUGGCCACGGAGAUCAGCCUGUCGUUCAGCACUCAGACGGACACUGGGACCAUCUUCUUGGCAGUUAGUGGUGCCGAUCAGAUUGAUCAGAAGAGUGCAGGCCUGUUCAGUCCAAAGAGGAAGCGCCGGCAGUCGGGAGAGCCCUACCUGUCCGUCAUGCUGAACAAGGGCUCCCUGGAGGUGCUGGUGUUCACCGGGAGCCACAACACGCGCCGGGUGGUGCGCCGCGCCGACCAGGGCGUCCUGCACGACGGCCGGGAGCACGCCCUCCGCAUAGAGAGGCUGGCCGGCCGAUCCUUCGCUGUGCAGGUGGACGAGGAGCCCAAGAGGGAGGCGGCUCUUCCCAACGACCAGCCAAUCAGCUUGCGGCGCGUGUUCCUGGGCGGCAUUCCCGCCGCGGUGGAGCUGAGCUCCAACCGGGCCAAUGUUCCCUUCCAGGGCUGCAUCUGGAACCUCAUGGUCAACAAUGUGCUGUCCGACUUCUCCCAGCCCGCGUCCUUCGAGAACGCCCACAUCGGCCGCUGCCCCAGGCUGGCCCCGGCCCCGCCCCAGACACCCCUCCUGCCCCCAGAGGUGGAGGGGACCCCGGGGCCCCAGACGGCCCCCGCCACCCCGUCUCCGGGCCCCCCCGUUGUCGAGGCCCCACCCCCGGACACUGAACUUGCAGUCCCUCCCACCACCACCCCGGAGCCUGACACGGACUCGUGUGGGCCGGGCGCCGCCCCAGCCGCCCUGGAGAAGGCGUACCAGUUCGGACUCACCAAGAACAGCCACAUGACGUUCGCCUUCGAUGACACCAAAGUCCGAGAGAGGCUGAUCAUGGAGUUUGAGCUGAGGACCACAGAGGACUCUGGGCUGGUUCUGUACAUGGCCAGGAUCAACCACGCAGACUUUGUCACCAUACAGAUCAAGGAGGGCCAGGUGUGUCUGGGCUACGACCUGGGCCACGGCAACACCUCCGGGUGCAUCCCCUUCUCCGUCAACGACGGCAACUGGCACAAGAUCCGUCUGAACCGGAACAAGCAGAGAGCCGUCCUGAUGGUGGACGGACGCUACAGCAAACAGAUGAUCAGCCCCAAGAAGGCUGACCUCCUGGAUGUGGUGGGACUCCUGUAUGUGGGCGGGCUGCCGCAAAACUACACCAGCAAGAGGAUAGGACCGAUUCUCUACAGUAUCAACGGCUGUAUCCGGAACUUCAAAAUGGUGGGAGGACCCAUCAGUAGUGCUGCAGGUCGUCUUGGAGACUUCAACCUUGACAUGGCGUCGCCCAACUCCACACACAUGGUGGGAAGAUGCUUCGUAGCCACGGAGACGGGCACCUACUUUGACGGCACAGGCUACCUUAAAGCAGUGUCUACCUACCGGGUGGGUCUGGACGUGUCCGUGGCGCUGGAGUUCAGGACCAGCCGGACCAACGGGGUCCUUCUGGCUAUCAGUAACCAGGGCAACGACGGGCUGGGCCUGGAGAUCAGCCAGGGCAAGGUCCUGUUCCACGUGGACAACGGCGCCGGGCGCAUCACGGCCGAGCACGCCGACCCCGGGGGGGCGGGGCUCUGUGACGGCCAGUGGCACGCGGUGGUGGCCCACAAGCUGCGGCACCGGCUGGAGCUGGAGGUGGACGGCUGGAAGAGCCAGGCCGAGAGCCCCCACACGCGCUCCAACACCUGCGACACCAACGACCCCGUCUACGUGGGGGGGUACCCCAGCGGUGUGCGGCAGGCCGCUCUCUCCACCUCCACCUCCUUCCGGGGCUGCAUGCGCAACCUCAGGAUCACCAAGGCAUCCCGGACCAUGGAGGUGCACUUCAACAAGGCGCUGGAGAUCAGGGGCGUCCAGCCACUGUCCUGCCCCGCCGUGGCGGCCUGAGCUCCCCCCCACCCCCCCUCUCUACCCCCACCUCCCUCAAACUACCCCCCCACCCCCCCUCUCUACCCCCACCACCCUCAAUCUACCCCCCACCACCCCUCUCUACCCCCCACCCCCCCUCCUCCCCACGCUUUACCCUCCCCUCCUACUCCCUGCUUCCCUGCAGGCUCCUGCUCCUCCUCUCUGGAAGACGCUCUUGUAUGUCGGUCGCACAGCGUGUUUCAAUGGGUUUCAAUGGGUUUCAAUGGGUUUCAAUGGGUUUCAAUGGGUUUCAAUGUGUUUCACUGGGUUUCAAUGUGUUUCAAUGGGUUUCAACGGGUUUCAAUGGGUUUCAACGUGUUUUCAAUGUGUUUCGACAUGAGUUUCUUCACCUUGCUAAAUGUGUUGCUUUUGUGUUGUUAACGGACCCCCUGUGGAGGAAGCGUUGCGCGUGAGCGAUGUUUCUUAGGUUGUGUUGGCGAAAAGAAAACAUAUUGUGUUUGGUACUGUUGCACUUAAAAAGAGGAAAAGAAAACAUUGUAUUUGGUACUGCUGCACUUACAAAAGGAGAAAAGAAAACAUUGUAUUUGGUACUGCUGCACUUAAAAAGAGGAAAAGAAAACAUUGUAUUUGGUACUGCUGCACUUAAAAAAGGAGAAAAGAAAACAUUGUGUUUGGUACUGCUGCACUUAAAAAAGGAGAAAAGAAAACACGCACACAAAGACACACAGAUAGUCUUAGGAGCCUAUGCUGCUCCCCGGUACUGAACUUCUGCAUACAGUGCCUCCAUAUGGCUGUGAAACCCCUAUGGCUCCCUUAACACACGCCCUCCUUCUCCCGCUCCACCGGUUCAACAGAGUCCGCAAGGAGCUCCCUGAUGGUCUCAGAACGUUUGCAUGGUGUGGUUAAAUAUAUGUAAUCUGUUGUUUCUGCAGAAAUAUAUUUCUGUUAGCAUCAAACUACUGGUCCUGCGUCUGUCUCUUUGCUUGUCUUUUCUUUACUUUAAUUGCAGGGCAUACACAUUGUAUAAUGUAUGAUUGUACAUUAUCCGUAACAUAUAUGAAGGAAGGCAAUGCUCUAACCACUAAACCACAUUGCAUUAAAAACUUGACCCUAAA